AUGUCUGAAGCGAAGCCAAAGCCUGGGAACUCCGUUCUAGGGGUCUUCAAAGAGAUCUUCAAUUGGUACCCAUCUGCCUAUUCGUCGGAAGAGAGAAAGCUGCUAUUCAAACUAGACGUAUCUAUCCUGGGCUUUGCCAGCUUGUGCUUUUUUGUGAAAUAUCUGGAUCAGACGAAUAUCAGCAAUGCCUACGUCAGUGGCCUGAAAGAAGACUUCGGCCUGUACGGGAAUGAGCUGAACUACUUCAAUGUCUGCUAUUUCACAGCCUAUGUCAUUUUUCAGGUCCCCGGAUUGCUACUGAUGUCGCGACCAAAACUGGCGCGAUGGCUGCUACCCGGACUUGAGGUUCUGUGGGGAAUAUGCACGUUCGCUCAGAGCCGUGUCACCAGUGUCAACCAGCUUUACGCACUUCGUUUCCUGGUCGGCAUGCUGGAAGCGCCUGUGUUCGCCGGAACACAUUUCAUUCUAGGAUCAUGGUAUUCUGGUCCAGAGCUUUUCAAGCGAGCCGGCGCAUGGUUCAUCUGCAAUCCAUUAGGGACGAUGGUCAGUGGCUAUCUGCAGGCGGCCGCCUAUACCAAUUUGUCCGGUGUUGGUGGCAUGCCGGGCUGGAGGUGGCUGUUUAUUAUUGACGGCAUAUUCACUAUCCCGGUGGCCCUGGUUGGCUUUGUUAUUUUCCCGGGAAUUCCAGAUUCGCCACGACCUUUCUAUCUGACGGAAAAUGAUAUUGCAUUGGCCAAGGAGAGAACUCGCAAGGCCAAAAUCCGUCGGCCGGGAAAGUUAGAUCUUGGUGUGUUCAAGCGCAGUCUGAAGCGCUGGCAUAUCUGGGUUUUCAUUACAUGCUAUGCAUGCAUGAUCAUUUCUUCCUAUCCCAUGGCUUACAUGAAUUUGUGGCUCAAGGCUGAAGGAUAUUCGGUCACCAAGAUCAACCAACUGCCAACAAUUACGUACGCGAUCACUAUUGUUGCCUCGUGGCUCGGAUCCACCCUUGCGGCUAUCUAUCCUGAAUGGCUGAUUUUCACUGUUGCAUCGGCAUGUUGCCUUUUUUCCGCGAUCUGCAUGAUUAUAUGGAACAUUCCAACUGGAUUAAAAUUCGUAGCGUGGUAUCUGUUCGGUGUUUCCGGCUGCCUAAGCCCCAUUUUAUACUCUACGGUCAAUACGAUCGUCAAGGAUGACUCUGAGGAGCGAGCACUGAUUCUGGGAUCUAUGAUGACAUUUGGAUACUCCUUCAAUAUCUGGGUCCCGCUUCUGCUAUUCCCUACUGCAGGCCCAUAUGGUGCCCCAAGAUGGAAGAAAGGCUGGCCUGUGGCCUUUGUGUUCUACUUCCUCUUAUGGGCAGGAUUUAUUGUUGCCAUUAUCUUCCAUCGCCGUGAAGCAAGAAAAGCAGCUGCUGUGGCCGCUCAGGAGAGCACGGAAGAGGAGGUGGAAACCAUCAUUGUUGAUCGGGACGCGGAUGGCAAGCUGUGA